AUGGCUCUGACUGAUAUCGAACGCGCCCAAAAGACUAGCAUAGCUGGAUUCGCUAGGGCUGGGAUAAAGCUGUCAACGAUUGAGAAGUUUGAUGAUGAGUGCGCGAAGGGGAGGGAGUGGUAUGAUGUGAUUGGAGUGUAUGUCACAAGGAGCUUCAGCGAAAUGGGUGAUGAUGAGCUAGCCUCCCUCUGCUUGCAGAAGUUCUCGUCUACGAGUAAUCCGUAUCAUCCAUAUUUCUUCAUUGUGCUCGACGAAAGAACGGAAGAAGAUGGAAGCGUAUCAUUGCACCAGCAGGGUGAAAAUGGCAGCGACAGAGUGUCUAUCCGGGUCAGCCCUGCCACUAUCCCAUCGCUCGUUGUGUUACUGGAUGAGGGAAUGAAAGACAUUCCCUCCAUCAUUACCAACGACUAUCCUGAAGACGAGGGCGAGGCUGGAGUUUGGGUGUUUGACGCACCCCUCGAUUUCUCUGACAUUCAGAUCAAGGCCAGGAUGGCUUCCAGCGAAUUCAAACGACAGUCUCCUGGCCCUGACGACGACAUAGAAUCCUUGAAGAAGUCUGGAAUACGGUUGUCGGAAGACUAUGAAGCGGUGAACGUAGAGUUGAAAUGGUUCGGAGAGGCACCGGAAACCCUGCUGGUACAAGGCUUCAUUUCCGGGCAACAGAACCGUAUCUUUGUGACUGGGGCCAGCGAAUAA